AUGCCGCCCAAGAAGCGCAAAGCCGAGGUCGCGGCCGACGAUGUUGACGGAAAGGAGUGGUCUGGCGGAGAACUUAGUGACGCCGAUACCUUCAAAAAGCUCGAGAACAAGUUUUCUCUGGCCGGAGCACAUCAAAAGCAACGAUACUAUGCCGACGGUGCCUCGGGGCUCUUCAAGAACGAUCAGAUUGGCCAGCCCCUCAAACCAGACCAUGCCAACCGACCCAUGUGGGUGGUCGAGGACGGCAAGAUCAUUUUAGAGUCGUUCAGCCCUCUGUUCCCCGAGGCGCAGGACUUCCUAAUCAAUAUCGCUGAACCCAUUUCGCGUGUCUCGAGGAUGCACGAGUAUACCUUGACUGCUCAUAGCCUCUUUGCCGCCGUCUCCGUCGGUCAUAACCCAGAGGAGAUCAUCAACAGACUAGAAAAGUAUUCCAAAGCUGUCCUAAGCUCCAGCGUGGUCAACUUCAUCAAGAAGUCUUCUGCAGCCUACGGAAAAGCCAAAAUCGUCCUGAAGAAGACCCUUUCCUACAUCGAGAGUGAUGACCCUGCAUUAUUGCGCCAGCUGCUGCAGGAUCCCGUUAUUUCAAGCAGUCUUGCCGACAGCAGCGCCAAAUUAAUCACAGAGGCGGCUCCAAAGCUUGGCGGAAUGAUGAUUCCAGGCACCAAAAUGGCUGCUGGUGCCAACCAAGUUGCGCAGCCCGAACCCGCUGCCGAAGAGUCGCAAGCGCCUAAUGACAUGAUUGCUACACUUCGAGAAGAUGAUGAAGAAGAGGAGGAAGAAGUCCAAGUGCACUCUUUUCAAAUCAGAAGUGAGACGCGCGAGGCCGUCAUCAAGCAGUGUUGGGAGAUCGGCUAUCCAUUGACCCAGGAAUAUGACUUCAACAAUGACACCGUGAAUCCAAACCUUGACAUCGAUCUGAAGCCCCACGCGCAGAUUCGAUACUACCAGGAGAAAGCUCUGAGUAAGAUGUUCUCCAACUCGCGAGCCCGAUCCGGCGUCAUCGUCCUCCCAUGCGGUGCUGGUAAGACGCUAGUAGGUAUUACAGCCGCCUGCGGUGUUAAAAAGUCCUGCAUAGUCCUCUGUAACAGCACCAUGUCGGCGCUACAGUGGCGAGCGGAAUUCUUGAAAUGGUCGAACAUCAACCAAGAAGACAUUGCGGUCUUGACUUCUCUAGAAAAGAAUGUUUUCCCUCACUCCGCUGGUAUUCUAGUGACGACAUAUCAUAUGCUCGCUGCCUCGGGGAAACGUGCUCACGACACGGCUGCCGCCCUCAAAUUCAUCCAGGAGCGAGAGUGGGGCUUGCUCAUCGCUGACGAAGUCCACAUCAUUCCUGCCGCAAUGUUCAAGAAGGUUACUUAUUCGGUGGCAUCCCACUGCAAGCUAGGCCUAACAGCAACCUUGCUUCGAGAAGAUGACAAAAUUGGAACCUUGAACUUUCUUGUGGGACCGAAGCUCUACGAAGCAAAUUGGCAAGAACUUUCCCAGCAAGGCCACAUCGCCAAGGUACAAUGUGCCGAGGUCUGGUGCAGAAUGACCCCAGAGUUCUAUCAAGAGUGGCUCAAUACAGCGGGUGCUAAUAGCCCUAAAAAGCAAUUGCUCGCUGUUCUGAAUCCAUACAAAUUCCAGGCUUGUCAAUUCCUCAUCGACUAUCACGCAAAGCGCGGCGACAAGAUCAUCGUCUUCUCUGACAACGUGUAUGCCCUAGAGAAGUACGCACUAAAGUUAGUGCACCCAUAUAUUCAUGGUGGCACAAGCCAAGGAGAGCGACUCGAAAUUCUAGAGAACUUCCAGCAUAACGAAAGAAUCCAUACUGUCUUCCUAUCGAAGAUCGGCGAUACUAGUCUCGACCUACCUGAAGCAACAUGUCUUAUCCAAAUCAGCUCGCAUUACGGUUCUCGUCGUCAGGAGGCACAACGACUCGGCAGAAUCCUUCGGGCGAAGCGGCGAAAUGAUGAAGGCUUCAAUGCUUUCUUCUACUCGUUGGUAUCGAAGGACACAGAUGAGAUGAGCUACGCUGCCCGACGGCAAACGUUUCUUGUCGACCAGGGUUACGCUUUCAAGAUCAUCACCAAGCUCGAGGGCAUCGAGAAUCGUAACGAUCUGUUCUUCCGAACUCUAGAGGAUCGAAAGGAGUUGCUUACCGAGGUCUGUCUUGCCAAGGAAUCAGAUGCCGCAGAAGAGAGGAUCGCAGGCGACACGUUCUCCAUGAACCUCAACAAGCGCAAGAAAGGCGGCGCACGCCGCACCGCGGGCACACUUGCCGAUUUGUCUGGCGGCGCCGGCAUGUCGUACAUCGAGUACAAUAAGUCCAAGAAUAAGGAGCUUACCAAGAGCAAGGGCGUCAAGAAUAGCUUCAUCCGCAAGCUCAACAGCAGCCACGCGAACGCCAAGAAGAAAAAGGCCACUGGUGAGUAA